AUCAUCUCAAAUUUCACAUUCAUUCAUUCAAAAAAAAAUGAUCAUAUAUAUAAAAGUAUUAAAUGGUGAAGAGUGCCAUGUAGAGGUUUCUCCUAAUGAGUCAAUUGGAACUAUUAAAAAUUUACUUUCAGAUCUUUUAAAAAUACCUGUAAAUAAUCAAAAAUUAGUAUUUAAAGGGAAAACGUUAUCUGAUAUUAACUGCCUUAAAGAUUAUAACAUUGGACCUAAUACUCGAAUGCAUUUAAUUUUGUCAAAACCUCUCCUAAUUAAUAAUAAAUCAAGUACAACUGCAACAAUUGACAAAUCAAAAAAAUCGUCCAACUCUAAUUAUGAUUUUUGGAAUAUACUUCAUAAACACAUUGAGCAAACAAUAAAUAAAAAUGAUUCAGAAAUUUUGAUAGAUGUUUGUAAAAAGAAUUUUAAUACAGAGUUUGAUCGUUUUAAUUUGAAUACCCUUGAUAGGAUAGCAAAAUCACAAAUGGAAUCAAAAUUGCAACCUCUACCUGACGACGAUUUAAAUAAUGAAUUAUUGUAAAUAAAUUUCACAUGCAUUUUUCUCAA